AUGCACAGUAUCCAGCUGCACAGCUCAUCAUGCAGUCAUCCCUUUCACUCCCCUCACCACGUUCACGCGCGCUCAACAACUUCCGACGUCCGACUGUUCCCGACAACCGCUCAACGCCGCUGGGAUCACCACCCGCCUUUCCCUCGCCUCUCGCUCUCUAUUUCCUUCUCCAAUCAUGACCAUCAUCUUGCUCUAUCACUCGCUCGCUCCUGGAUCUUCCCUGAAAAAUGCCGAAAUCUGCCCCAUCCUCUCACCAUCCUCUCCUGGGUCGCCCCUGACUCCCACCACGAGCCUGGUGAUCUCUUCUACUUCUCUGGCGACAUCGCCCACGACGGCAACGCCUCAUUUGCCCUGCCCAUGCACUCUGCCUCGGAGGCACAUAUCAAUACUUCUUCUCCCACCGUUCCCAAGUACCAGAGACUCCUUCAAGAAUCAUCUGGUAUAUUCAAACAAAAGAAAACGGAAAAGAUUUUGGAGAAGGGAGAGGCUCAAAGGUGUUCGGCAAGUGGAGGCGAGGUGGAGGUUGACGUGCCAAAGCUGAAUCGAGAAGCCGAAGUUCCAGAGUGGGAGAGGGGUAUUGAUAGUGAAGGAGAGGGUUCAGUAGCAAAGAGGAUGAGUUUUGUUAAAAGUGUUGAAGGUUUGUGCAACAGGGUAGGGACAGGGUCAGUUCCGCGUUUCGGGAUCAAUCCUUCCGGAAUCAAUUCUGCUCCCGUCUUGGCUAUUGCCGAUACCCACGACGCCACUUGUGUUAUCGCCGCUUGUUCCGUUCCGUGUUGUUUGCCGCUUUCGGGCCUUCGGCCGAAGGUACCUUGUGUGUUUAAGACCGCAAGUUUAAGAGUGGGUCUCGGAGCCACUCCUAAACAGAGCGGUCUUAAACUUGAGAACGCGCUCAAUUGA